AUGGGCAAAAGAACCUUUUUCCGGAAUGAGGACAUAAAGAGAAAACGCCGUGAGCGGCGGGCAGCAAACGGCUAUAUUGCAAAGGCUUACCAAGACGAAGAUGCCGUGAGAAAAAGGCAUGAGCGGACAGAAGAAACAAAAAAUCUACACAAGGAAAAGGUGGCGGAUUAUCAGGAGUUUGUGAUAGAAGAAGGGUACGAGUCACCAGGAUAUCGGAUCAAGUCUGGCUGUCUAGCACCAAGUAUCGUCGUCAUCAAAGAUUUUAUCCGCUCGUACGUCCGUACCGUUAAAGGCACGGGACAGCUUAGUCAAAAGAAAACAGCUACGGUGAGGACCGCCACAGCUUAUGCUGAGCAAUUCUUUGGUGGCUUUGAGGAAGCAACUGGCAGUAAAAUUAUGCCAGACAACCGUUCGGAGAUUUAUUCGGUUUUUCUCUUCACGGGAGCAAGUAAGAAGGCAGGCCUAGCAGACAUUCAUUGA